AUGCGUCGUGCAUCUCAAGAUAUGAGCGAUCCCGACCGUAAUAUUAUGGAAUCAACCGGUAUGCCAGAAGAUCCCGUAGACCUCGAUCUCAUAUCCGAGAGGGAAGAUUCCCCUUCAAAUCGAAUUCAUACACCACCACCACGCAUCGCUGCAAGGUUCUAUCGCCCCACCAACAAUCGACGUAAAUCUUCGGCUGCAUCCUCGAGACGAAAUUCCAUUUCAUCAGUUCAUUCACAUGGCUCGAGUCGUCAUGCCGCGGGCCACGCCGGUAUGCCGGGUCCGCAGAGCAAUUACAUCGCUCAACAUCUACGUAGAGCGAGUAUACUGGAAGAUCGAAAGGCUAGAUUGGCCGAUAGAGCAGCACAUGCGGAGAAAGUCAGAUUGAGGGCGGCAUUAGCCAAGGCAGCACCGAGAAGUACGACGAAUACCGAGGAGAGAGCUUUAGCAGCGCAACAAGCGAGAGAGAAGAAUCUGGCAGAGAUUGUCGCGAGUUGUGCGGAGGAAGUUAAGAGGGCAAAGGGUAUUGCGGAGACUAUGAAAGAGAGAAGGGAAUUAGAAGGGAAGAAGCUUAGAAAGGAGAUGGAGGAAAAACUUGCCGAGGCUGAAAGGAGGCGAGAGGAAAUCUUGAGUCGAAAUAAUAACAGCAAACAACGAGGAAGAAGUUUGAGUAAUAUGAGAAAGAGUUCGAGUCCAAGUCCAGUUGCGGAGAUAAAGAAAGCACCACUUACCGAAUCAGCGGCAGCAAAGAUAAUUCAAACUAGAUGGAGAGUUCAUAGACGUUGGAAGGCAUUACAUGAUUUUGCAGAACUGGGACUCACAAUUGAUGGGGUUCGCGAGACUUCAUUUGAGAAAGUGGUUGAUUUGUUGGCUCAAGAGAAAGUUCUCCUUAGUACGGCACACAUUCUGAGAAUUUGUGGACUCAAAGAAGGAGAGAGCGGAUCAGUCAAUGAAAUGACAGCAGUCCGAACCUUUCUCAGCGCUUUCCUAAUCCUUGGUCACCCUACACAGGUUUUGAGUAGUAAAGGUGAUAAAGGAGAACAGGAACAGGUAGGAGCGCAACCAAUGAAGAGGGAUGAUUUGGCUAAUCCACAGUUGCAGGACCUCGUUGCAAAAGCCCGAGAUCUACUUAUUUCUUUUGAAACUGUUUUGUCUAGAUUGACAACUGCAAACAAUUAUACGCCUCCUCCAGCUCAGCUAUCAACAUUGUCGGAAGUUUAUGCAACAUUCUUCAAUGCUUUUAUCGCGUGGAAAUCUAGAGAUGCAAGUACGCUUAUUGAUAUGAUGGUUUUACAAUUUGUAGAAUUAGAUUCGAUAUGGCAAACUGUGAAAGAUAGUACGGAAGAAUCUGUCACUGAUUCAUAUCGUGAUGGAAUCAGAGACAAUCAACUUAAAUUGAUGGUUAGGAUCAAGAGACUUGCCGGACCAGUUCAGGGGAAACGAUUGAUUUCAAAUGCUAUCCGGGAAGCAAGAAAGGUUAAACAAACCAAACAACCUACUGGGGAUUCAAAACCUCGUGCGGCGGAAACAAGAUCAGCAUCUCCUGUCAUUGAAGAUUUUAAUGCUUCCGAUAAUGCCGUUGCAUCUCAUUUACAAACUCUCACACCACCUGCUACGCCUGUCAAACAACGUCGUGGACAAGUUACCGAUGCAGAUAAUUUAAGAUCAGUUAAUUCAAUACUUCCAGAUAAUCGAACUUUGGUUCAUGAAUUGGCCAUUAAUAAAGAAUAUCGUAUCUCGAUGGAAGAUUGUCUUCAACAGCGAGGGGUCGUUAAUCAACUUAUCUUUGAUUCCAUGAGACAAGAAGUCGCAGCUGGGAAUAGUGAUCCUUGGGUUCUUGCAAUGGCAGAUAACAUCAAGGGCAAACUUCAACGUCUCCUUACUCCUGGAAAUUCAAUGUACAAACUUAUUGAAGAUUCCCUCGAUACGGAUUUGGUAGCAUCAGAACUCAAGAAUGGCAGGUUUUCCUACGAAACUUUCUUUAAUUUUAUGGGCAAUAUUUUACCUCGAUUAUGUGCUCCUUUCCGAGAUGACGAGGUCAAAGUUCUUGCUGAGACUACUCUCAAAGAAGGUGAUUUCGUCGAUCGUCUUCAAGCAUUGAUGCGCUUCAUCGAUCUAAUGCAACUCGAUUAUGCCAAUUUUAUGCUUCAACAAUCGGCUCCUGAACUGAUCAAGCAUGCUUCCACAUAUGAAACUAAACGUUUCUCGGAAGAAAUGGAAGAGACCAAUAACGAUCUUACCAUUACCACAAGAGCUUGGCGCGAAGCUCGUCAAAAGGUUCAUACAGAAGCUGCUCGUCGAGAUCGGGAGAAUGUCGGGUUAGCGAGAAAUAGACCUACGCCAGAGAAAACAUACAUUCAGAUGUUGGUAGAUAUAUGUACAUCUGCGCCCGGAAGCCCAGUGCCAGAAACCUUAAAGCUGGAUAUGGCAAGGAUUGAGACGGCAAGGAAAGAUACUCUUCGAAUCGUCACCACUUCAGCAAUUCUUCUACAAGCCAAAAACAUCCUUAAGCGAGAUGUUCGAAGUCAAUGGAAAACUGAAGCUUCAAGAGUUUAUUCCGUGCUUGAAAAUUCCAAGGAAUCAGAACAAGCAGAACAAGGCAUCACAGCCGCAUUGGAAAGUAGUAGAAGUAUGCCCAUGGCUACCAAGAAUCAUAUUCGCGAAUUAGUCAAGAGAAUCAUGGUAGCAGCUUCGGCUCUAAGUUCUACUGAAGGUGAACUUCGUGAACCGGUCAUGAAACUUUUGAUGACUAGAUUGAGAGGUUAUCUUAUUCAUAGAUUGGCAAAGGAAAGCCCACGGAAUGAUGGGAAUGGCAAUGAAGGAAUUGCGGGGUUGGGCAUGCCAGAGUUUGUGGCAAAGAUUGGAGGGAUUGUGGAGGUGCUUGGGAAGAUGGGGAGAGUAGACAAGGAUGCUCAUGGACUCUGGUACGAGGUUGUUGAGACUGCAGCUGCGAGUGAGGUUGAAGUUUGA